UCUUGUAAGUCGGUCGUCUCGAAGCUACCUGUGUCCAUCGAGUACGGUAAAAUUUAAAAAUUGUGUCCAGUUCAAUUAAUACAGUGCAAAAGUUAGUGAUCAAUACAGUAUCGCACAGUCGCUGGUAGUUGUUAUAAUGUCAUGAGCUAUGCUAAUUCUUCUGCCUGACCUCGUCACACCUGAUUUUAGGAUUCUGAUCCACUUUUGUUUCAGAUCCCAAACAUAACCUGUCGAGUAAACAACUUGUACCGGUCGAGGCGUGAAAAAACUAUUAUUAGAAGAAAUAUUUAUUGGAUCUUUUAGAACAAUACCAUUUUGAUAAAAUGCAACUUGUGGGGAAAUUCGCGUUCGUGUUAUCAAUAUGGGCAAUCGUUCAAUGUUCACCAUUCGACGAUGGGAAAUACAGACAUCAAACGUACGACUAUUACGACGAUGGAAAAUAUUAUAGACCUCUAACCGAAGGGAAAUACGUUCCAGGAGAUGAAGGCAAAUACACCUACAUUUACCAAGAAGGAGUGUACCCUUAUGAUGGUACAUACAAACAUUUAGAACGUGGAGACUCCAAUGAUUAUAUUGGUUAUCAAAUAUACGCUCCGCGCUACCCCUUCCUACAUAGCGUAAUAAAAGCUCUAAUUAGUAAGUAUGUAUCGCCGGACAGCCUCGGUAUAACGGAUGGUAUACUUGGGAGCUCCAGUUUUAAUGACUUUGAUAAGAUAAAGACUGAGAACGAAGUUGCUGUGAAGUGUCAAGCGAUUGAUUCAGAAGCCAAAAAUACUACGGAAUUUGUAACGCAAUAUCCGCCGUACCUAAACCUAAAGAAGGGAGAAAAAUUAGGAACGUUUUAUAACUUUAAAGGCAGUAAAGUUUUAAGUACUGUGAAAAAUUCAUUAAAAAAUAAUUUAAAAUUAGAGUACGAAGUUUUCGUUAGGAUUGUUGAGGAUGUGAGCCAGUGAUAUAUAUAUUAGUUAAUUAUGUUGUCUAACUCUGAUUACACGUGAUGCCCGCGAAACCUAAAUUAUAAUAAACUAAUCGAUAUAUU